GCAACUCCGUGACGUUUCGGCUGCUUCCGUCCAUCUGUCUUUUUCGGCUUAAACUCGGUCGCUUAACAAAGGGCAAAAUGUCGCUUGUGAUACCAGAUAAGUUCCAACACAUUCUUCGUAUUAUGAAUACGAACAUCGAUGGCAAACGUAAAGUCGGUAUUGCCAUGACCGCCAUCAAGGGUGUGGGUCGCCGUUACUCCAAUAUUGUUUUGAAGAAGGCCGAUGUUGAUCUCACCAAACGCGCUGGUGAAUGCACUGAGGAGGAGGUUGACAAGAUUGUCACCAUCAUUUCCAACCCUCUGCAAUACAAAGUGCCCAACUGGUUCCUUAACAGACAAAAGGAUAUCAUUGAUGGCAAAUACACCCAAUUGACAUCAUCCAAUUUGGAUUCUAAAUUGCGUGAAGAUUUGGAACGUUUGAAGAAGAUCCGCUCUCACCGUGGUCUUCGUCACUACUGGGGUCUGCGUGUGCGUGGUCAGCACACCAAGACAACCGGUCGUCGCGGACGCACUGUCGGUGUGUCGAAGAAGAAGUAAACAAUUCUUCGAUUGCCAAUUGGUUUAUUUUGUUUUAUAAAUUUCCUCCUGGCUCAUACAUAUUCUUUCUUGGAUAUAAAUGUGCUAAAAAGUGAAACUGAAAAUAUAAUUUUUGAUAUGAAUUCAGUAACAUAAACAGAUAA